GAACAGAGAGACUUUUGGUGAAGUUGGAACAAAAUGUUCUGGCGACAUCAGAAAGGAGGAGACGGGAGAGCCCUGUCUGUCUGCCCACACAGCCGGCCCCCUCAGCCCAGGAACGCUGCUUGCUCCCAGACCAGUUUUUGUUCAGAAUCCUCCUAACCUCUUCUGCCUUUGGGCUGUCCGUGACCUCAGCAGGAGGAAUGAAACCCGCUGUGGCCUGGUUCCUAUUCCUCCAGCUUGUUCUGGGGCCAACUCCUCUCACGAGCCUGGGGACGAAGGAAGCCAUAAAGAACUUCCGUAACUUAAAUGUGGAUUAUCCCAGGGUUAAAUUCCACAAGAAUUUUCUGGACUACUGUAAUGGUAUAAUGACCCUUGUGAGGGGCACAAGGCAGUCCCCAGCUUGCCCAAGGAUCCAUUAUGUGAUGCAUGUCCCCUGGAAUUUGAUGCAGACUUUCUGCAGAAAAAGUGACAGCUUCUGUGAGAAUUACAAUGAAUACUGUGCGCUCACCCCAGAUACUCUGCCCCUCACGAUCUGUUCCCUGAGCAAGAAACAGUCGCUUAGCAGCUGCCGCUACAAAUCUAUCAUCACCAACCAAAGAGUCUACCUGCUCUGCUCCAAAAAGGAAGAUGCACAGCCGAUGGGUAUCAUUGGCAUCUUUUAG